AUCAAGUUGCUGAGUUCGUUAAGUUGGCAACACUACUAUAAAAAAUCAAAAAGUGAUUGAUUCCCUUUGAACGUUAGGCUCCAAUUUGCCGAAACUGAAGCGAUUUCAACAAUGAAUUCGAUGUUUUCCUCACCCGCAAUCCACGUUUUCUCCCAAGAAAACGUUGGAAGUGUGGCAAAAAAGCCAAGAACCACUAACACCCUAUCAAGAAAACCGUUUUUUGAUCGAGCCGUGAAUGCAAACACGCCUGAUUUUGGCAGAAAUGUGAAACCCGAGCCGCAACUGAAAAAGCCUGAGCAAAAUAUUGACAUAGAAGAUGAUGACUUAUUUAUUUACGACACUUACUCCUUCAAGGAUAUGAACGAUGAUUGCGCUGCUGAUAAAUUAAUUACUGCAAAGGAAAAAUUCAACAAGCUGCGACCAUGUUGUGGUUACAAGGAGUUGACUCCAUCUCCAAAGUUAUCACCUGUUGAUUUUGAUAUGUUUAUUAAGAUUCCGAAAACUAUCAAGUUUUCUGUAAAGUCUGAAGACAGUUACGACAUGACCGAUGAAAGUGAGCACAUUUCACUGCCGGACAUUGAUUUUUAUUAAACCCUUAUAAGUGGUAUUUUUGUAUUGAUUUAUCUUAAAUAAAGAGAUUUGAGUUUCAAAA